AUGAGCGUACAGAAGGUAAUCGAAGAGAAGUUAAGCUCAGCGCUGAAGCCCACCUUCCUCGAGUUGGUAGAUAAGUCCUGUGGCUGCGGAACCGCCUUCGAUGCAGUGAUAGUCUCCAGCGACUUUGAUAGCAAGAGGCUGCUCGAUAGACAUAGAAUGGUCAACGAUGUCAUCAAAAAUGAGUUGCCCAACAUACACGCUUUCUCUAUGAAGUGCCACACGCCCACUGAGUUUGACAAGUUGAAGGGGAGCCAACCGUGA